CUCUGGACACUCCCUAAUUGUCAUAGACUCUAAUUCCCCGGUGAUCAAUGGACUUUUGGAACACAUGAAGAGACCCAGAGCGAAUAGAGAGAAACAGAGUACGUGUAAAUAGAUUAGAUUAUAAUUAUUUAAGUUAAUUUAAUAAAAUACGCGUGUUUUGCUACAUAGUUGUGUAUGAAAAUAUGAUCAGUUGUUCCGCAAUUUAAAUAUAAUAUAAAAUUAUAUAUUUUUAAAUUGGUAACUAAUGGCGAGAAUAAAAGCUUUUAUAUUCGUUCUAAUUUUAAAUACUUUUAUUACGAAUAUUUUGUGUGAAGAAAAUCAUGUUCAUGACCAAGAUUUUAGUGAUGAAGAACAAAAAGCCUCGUAUACUAGCCCUGUUGUAUCGGGAUUCGCUUAUUUAGCUGAAAGUUUUGAUGACAAUGAAAGAUUUAAAACUGUUUGGAUUAAAUCUGAAGCUAAAAAAGAUUCAACAGAUGAAGACAUCGCCAAAUAUGACGGUGUUUGGUCAUUAGAAGAGUCGACUAGAAACCAGCAAGAUGGUGACUUGGGUUUGGUAUUGAAAAGCAAAGCUAGACAUGCAGCGAUUUCAGCUUUACUUAACAAGCCAUUUAAAUUUGAUGACAAACCUCUGGUUGUUCAGUACGAAGUUAAUUUCCAAGAAGGUCAAGAAUGCGGCGGAGCAUAUUUGAAAUUACUUACCCAGGAUCCAGCGCAUGCGGAUCUUAAGAAAUUCAAUGAUAAGACACCUUACACUAUUAUGUUUGGACCCGAUAAAUGUGGCAACGAUCACAAGCUUCAUUUCAUUUUCCGGCAUAAGAACCCUGUAAAUGGAACUAUCGAAGAGAAGCACUGCAAGAAACCUAAGGAACGAUUAGAAGAUUACUUCAAGGACAAAAUUCCCCAUCUUUACACUUUGAUAAUAAGGCCAGACAAUUCAUUUGUCAUUAAAGUUGACAACAAAAUAGUAAACGAUGGCUCGCUGCUCGACGAUUUCACCCCGCCAGUAAAUCCGCCCCUUGAAAUCGAAGAUCCGAACGAAACACGACCUGAAGACUGGGACGAGCGGGAAAAAAUUCCAGACCCAACGGCGGUGAAACCUGAAGACUGGGACGAAGAUGCACCCGUCCAAAUUGUCGACGAGGAUGACGUUAUGCCAGAGGGUUGGCUCGAAGAUGAACCACCAACUAUUCCAAAUCCCGAUGCCGUCAAACCCGAAGACUGGGAUGUAGAGAUGGAUGGUGAGUGGGAUCCACCAGAAAUCGUAAAUCCAAAGUGCGAAGACGCCCCUGGUUGUGGUCCGUACAAACAAAAGAUGAAGAAAAAUCCACGAUACAAGGGUAAAUGGCUGGCACCGCUCAUUGAUAAUCCUAAUUACAAAGGUAAAUGGAAACCAAGACUCAUCCACAAUCCGGAUUAUUUCAAUGACGAUCAUCCUUUCCGGAUGUCUCCAAUUCACGCUAUUGGGUUCGAGCUCUGGUCAAUGUCUCCAGACAUUUAUUUCGACAACUUGAUCAUCACCGAUGACGAAGACGUGGCUAAGCAGUGGGCCGAGGACACUUUCGAAAUUCACCGCAAGAAAAUAGCUGAGGAAAGUUGGACUAUUUGGCGCCAGUUUGUUAAUUUCACAAGUGAAAACCCAUGGAUUUGGGCUGUGUAUAUUCUAGUCGCUGGUCUACCUGUAUUACUUAUAGUUUACUGUUGCUGUUUCCCGUCCCAGGACAAAGACGACAGGCAAGAAGAUAAGGAAUCUCUUAAUGCCAAUGAAGAAGACUUUAAUGAACAAGCAGACGUUGCUGAGGAAGAUGUGCAGCAAGAGUCUGCUAAUUCAGCAGAUGCCGAUGAUGCCGGCAAUGCUAGUGAGACUGAAGAAGUUGAUGAUAAUGAUAAGGACGAACACACCAGUGACGGCGAUGGACCUCGUCGAAGAAAAGAAAACAAAGAAUAAUAACAAUGGAACGUAAUUUAAAAUUUAUAAGCAAAAAAAAAAAUGUAAAAGAUGUUAACUUAAUUACCAUCGAAUUUUGUUAUGUAUAUUCACAUUCCACAGUUCACGGAUAAUUGGAUAAAUAAAAUUACGCGACAUUGUUUAAGUAAUAAGGUCCAAUUUCACCAUUACUAAUUAGCGUAAUAGGUGAUAAAAAAAAUUUUAGAACAAUCAAUUGUGCAUUUAACUAUAAAGUCGUUAUUUGAUAUAUAUCAACUUGAUAAAAUAACUUUAA